AUGUCGUCGAUCGAUACCGAUCCGGGGAAACGGCCUCCAGCGCUCCUCCACUGGCACGAGCCCAAUACAUCGAAAGAAGAAAAAUGGCUCAUAUUCAAGUUGGACUGGUUCUUGUUAAGCUAUAGCUGUUUGUGUUUCUUCAUCAAACAGCUUGACGGCAACAAUGUGACGAAUGCCUAUGCGUCCGGAAUGGCUAGCGAUCUGCACUUCGGCCCAGGGAAUGAACUCAGCUGGAUGAACACAUACUUCAACGCCGGCGUCAUUAUCGGCGGACCGUUCUCAAAUCUGAUUCUCACUAGUGUUCGCCCGCGCUUCUGGCUGCCGUUUUGUCUCUUCGCGUGGUCCCUUUUCGUGCUGUUUCUGUUCAAAUGCAACACGGCCCACGAAUUCUACGCGCUUCGGUUUUGCAUCGGCCUGUUCGAGUCUGCAGCGUGGCCUGGAAUUCAAUACGUGCUGGGAUGUUGGUAUACAAAAUCGGAGAUGGCACGUCGGAGUGGUUUAUUUGUGAUGUCCGGGGUGCUGGAUCAGAUGUUCUCUGGGUAUCUGCAAGCCGGUCUGUAUCGUGGAAUGGACGGGAGGGGAGGGAUGCCCGCGUGGCGAUGGCUCUUCAUUUUCGACUUCGUUCUGGCGGUACCGGUCGCCGCCUACGGGCUGGUCUUCUACCCGGAUACCCCCGACACAACGCAGGCAUUUUAUCUGAGUGACUGGGAGCGCAAGCGUGCGAUUGAGCGGAUCGCAGAUGACGAUCGGACCCCACUCAGCCAGCGUCGACUACUGGACUGGAGCAUGAUCCGGCGGGUGCUGGGCAGUUGGCAGCUUUACGUCUUCUCGAUGGCGUAUUGUCUAUGGACGUUGACGUGCGGAUCGUAUGUGAUGCAGUAUUUCACACUGUGGCUGAAGUCCACGGGCCAUUACUCAGUGCCGCAGAUCAACUCCCUCCCCACUUGCAUGGGCGCGAUCAACUUCGUCUUUAUGGUGGCGACCGGGUAUCUUGUGGAUUUUUUUGGUGAAAGAGGGCGCGGGCCAGUGUGCUUUGCAGUAGGAUGUUUGUUGACCUUCUGCUUCGCAGUGCUGACAGCGUGGGAUGUAUCGGAGCAAUUCAAGAUGGCGGUGUUUAUUCUGAGCGGCUGUUAUGGGUGCUAUACCCCUCUGUUAGCAGGCUGGGUCAAUUCUGUCUGCGGCGGAGAUCAGCAACUGCGGGCUUUCGUUUUGGCAUUUAUGGUCUCGUUGGGCCAGGCUGUGGUCAUACCGUUCCAACAGCUUCAAUUUCCCAGCAGCCAGGCGCCUGAGUUUAACAAGACGCAUGGGUGGGCCAGUGGGCUGGCGUUUGUCGUCGCUUUGACGCUGUGGACGGGAGUUGGCAUAGAUGCAGUGCAGCGGGUCGUGCAGCGGAGAAAGAAGACCGGGGGCAUCACGUAA